GCAAGAGACCUGUAACCAUACCAAAACAACAAAAAUUGAACCUAAAAAUAUUGUUGUCUUGCACUAACUCACUGAAAUCUGUCGGAUCGUUCAGGUGGGAGAGUGUUUUAAUCACUCAAAUUUAGUUGAUACAUUCACGCUUUUCUGUGUGACGGUUAAGAAUUCUGUUGGAGUAAAUGAGACAUUGUUUGGUUUGUGUAUAAGGAAAUAGAUACCAGCUAGAGCUCACUUCAAAGUUACACGGAAUUUCGUAAGUUUGUUGUUCUUCAAUACUUGAGAUUGGUGCUGUUCAUUUGACUCAAGCUUUAUUUGUUUAGUUUUAGUUAAACAAUCUGCACAUAAUGAACCUCAAUGUAUUAGACAUUAUAGUCCUCGUGAUAUAUUUUGUAGCUUUAUUGUGUACUGGAAUAUAUGCAUUGUUUGCAUCCAGAAGAGGGACUGUUACUGGUUAUUUUUUAGCUGGCCGGUUUAUGACAUGGCUUCCUGUCGGUGCAUCAUUAUUUGCGAGUAACAUUGGAAGCGAACAUUUUAUUGGUUUAGCUGGAUCAGGAGCGGCAGCUGGCAUAGCAGUUGGCGCUUUUGAACUGAAUGCAUCAAUUUUACUUCAACUUCUUGGGUGGGUAUUCCUACCUGUGUAUAUUGCAAGUGGAGUAUUUACAUUGCCCGAGUACAUGAAGAAACGAUAUGGCGGAGAAAGAAUACAUAUGUAUCUCGCUCUUUUGUCUCUCAUACUAUAUAUUUUUACAAAGAUUUCUGUAAGUUGACAGAUUUUAACCUAUUCAUCUGUGUAUUUUUGGCCAUUUGGAGUGUAUUCAUGCGGAUAUUUGUAUAUUUAUUUAACAUAUAUUUAUACAAAGAUGUUAUCGCUGAUAUAUUCUCCAUUUUUGAUCAACACACCCAACUACUUCACUCACUAGCCAGAGUAGGCAUCGAUGCAGACGGCCACUGAAGAUUUAUUUGGCAUUUAGAGGAUACGUGACUUGGCCCAAACACUUACAUUGUUAAUCAAAAUAUUGAAAAAAUUCCACCUUUUGCCUUGUCUUUACUAACCCUAGUCAUGUAGUCAUCAUCAAUACAAAACCUGGAAUAUAUGUGUAUUCUAUUUGCCAUAACUUACACGACAACAUAGAAAAAGAAGACAAAUAAGAUGAGAAGCAAAAGAGAAGACUUGACUUUAGCUACAACUUGUAUCGAGACACAAGAGAUACUGGUCAAUAGGAGGAAAUAAUCUCGAAUAAUAGAGAACGAGCGAUGAUAUUUAACCUAAAAUUUAAUUAAAGGUAAAGUACUAAUGUGAUUUUACCGUCGAGAUAGAUUUUUGGUUAUGUUAUCAAACGUUGCUAUUCAUUUAAUUUUGGUAUUACAUUAGUCAGGCUUAAAGUGUACCGUUUUCUAGAGGUUAGCAGUGAUGGAUCUCAAUAAAAAUGAGAAAUUGAAAUGCCCUGAUAAUCGUGAAUUAAUAUGACCGAUCCGAAUGUUUUUGACUAUACGAUUAUGUUGAUUUUUCAGUCACACCAAGGAGGGAAUUGCGUAACUGAAGCAUAACUAGUGGACAGUUAAAAUUAUUUCCAAAGUGUCCCGUCCAUCAUUCUCAUUGGUUAGCUCGAAAAUAGACAAAACUUCUAUCCCUUCUUACGACUGCUUCACUAGCUGUGAAUUCAAUCAGUCUUAACGGCUCUCUGGCGUUAAACAUUCUUAAUACUUUGAGAUUAGAUGGUGGUUGGAGGUAGUCAACAGGAAACUCUGGACCCGGUUUUCGUGCUAUUUGGCACUCGUCAGCAAGGUGUACCUGUAAUCUUGAGGGAACUGGUGCUCUCUGGCGGAUUCGAUCGCUUGUCACCCAGCUUCACAGUCAGAGACGUUACCACUGAGCUAUCCGAGCCGCCACUGACCUCCUGUAGGACUGAGAUGUAAUCACAAUUGAUUGAUCACUGGGUGACGACCAAUGUUAUGCGUGUCUAGUCCUUAUUAGUGCAGAUCGAAUGCAACAUGAUCGAUAGCAUUCGGUCUGCACUAAUAUGGACUAGACAUGCAUGACAUUGAUCGCCACCCAGUGAUCAAUCACUUGUGAUCCUUAAUACUUUCUCUACCUCGUUUGUUAUUGUUACGCACUGUUUCUCUCAGUCACUGUUAAGAAGUUCUACAUUAUAUUUUUAAGUCUGCUUCUGUCAUUGUUUUCAUAGCCCAUCAGCGUGAGAUUCAAAGCUAGUAUCAAACUAGUUUCUUGUUUCUGAUACACCAAUACUUGAGGUCAUCUCUUGGUGGCAUUUUUACUGAGAUUUUCCUAAAUCUAGUAGAACGCAUACAGACACUUGUUUGCACCAAGGAAUUAUUAGAGUUCACAUAUGUGCUAAAGAUGGAAUACUAGCAUCAUAGUCUAUCCGAGUUCGGAUUUCGAUAGUAUGGUCUAAUUUUAUCCGCCAGUGAAUGAACUUCCGGAUCCGCAAGCCAGUUCAUUCUUUUGAAUCAGUAACUCAUACUUAUUAUAAGUAAAUAGUUAUGUGAACAUAAAUACAGCAGCCAGUCAAUGCCAUGUAUUCUAAGGGCUGGAACGUAUCAUAAAAAAUAAAGUCUAGAUCAUCAUGUUGUCAGAAAAUCAAUCAAUUCAUGUCAAGGAAAGAUAUUUAAAUACAAAUACUAAGAAGCUUAGGGUAUUGCGUACAUCUUAAAACCAAAAGCGAUAACUGAAGAUCGAAUUUACUACAUAAUGACUAUGUUUUAUUUCUCUUAACAGUUAGUCAAAAACACAGUUUGCGGAGUUUGUUAGAAAUAUUAUUUGAAGAUAAGUUUUUAUUUAGUGUUGUUAAAAAUCUGAACUUCAAUUCCGUCCAAUUAGACUUUGAGGUCAGAUAACUUUUUUAGAUGAACAAUAUUAUUGUUUUUGCACCACAAACGAUCAAAGUCUAUUCCAUCAAAGUGUGCUAAGACAUCGUCUUUGAAAAUAAAGCUAAACCACCCCCAUUUCUUAACCUGGCCCAGACUCUUUACAACUUUUAUGUACUAGCUCAAAACGUGAAAGCGACAAAUCCUUGAAACACGUUAUAUAAUAUUUGGACAACCUGUAAAAAUAACAGGCACCCGAAUCUAAUCGCUUUUGUUUCCUUGGGUUACAGUUGGAAGUAACAUGAAAAGGUGCCCUUGUCGUUUUAUCGCCAACUGUAUCUAUAAAUUUACGUGUACCUGCCACAGCAGCUACAUCGGCCGAACUGAUAGGAGAGCAUAUCUUAGAUUUUUUUUAACAUGUUCCAAAAAGUCUUAGAACAAGUGAAAGAAAGACUCUGAAUAGUGCAAUCACCAAACAUCUCCUUGAUACAGGACAUCAGGUAGAUACCUUACAAUCCUUUAGGGUGAUUAGUAAGCAGCCAAACUCCAGUCUUCUGAAGUUUGCUGAAGCCGUUGCCAUCAGGCGUCAAAAACCUGACCUAUGUGUUCAAAAGGAGACGGUUGUUAAUCUUUCGUUGCCUUGGUGACAAAUAUUCUGUCACUGCACCUUAAAAUUUUUUCUUUUGUAUUUAUUACGUGAUUGAUUUUAUUUUUUAAUUUUUUAACUAUCUUUAAAAUUAAUGAUCUUUCAAAUGACCUCUACUCACUAUAUUUCUAUCAAUGUUUAUUCAUCAUGUAACCAACUGUUUCUAACCCCUUUUGAACUGUUAUCACAAUUAAUGCUGUAGAAUAUUCUUUCACAUUAGGUAUAUAUUUACAGUAUUCAGUCUAUUAAUUUCAUUUACACCUAUGAUAUACUUUACAAAUAUGUCUUCAAUAUAACUUCCAAACAAACCCUCCCAUGUAAGCAAUUUAAACCCAUUAUGUAAUUGUGAUUUUUAAACAUCACAGGUUGUAAGCAGCUGACGAGAACCUACGAAAUAAACUGAAUUCAUGCUAUUCUGCUAGAAUCUUUGUUCUUGCUCUUUUCAAAAUGAUAAAGGAAACUAUGUGUAUGAAAUAAUUUGUUACCAAUAGUUGAUAUUAUCCAUGCAAGUAUAUAAUUGUAAACUGUUGAUUUUAGGUCAAUUUAUAUUCAGGUUCACUGUUUUUAACUGAAGCAUUAAAAUGGAAUACUUGGGCAUCAAUAGUUAUGCUGCUUUUCCUGACUGGUCUUAUUACUGUUACCGGUAAGAUUCCGUGGGUAUUUUGUCUAAAUUUUAAACAAGUAUCAAGAUGUAUUCGAAUCGUUACGUUUAUUUGAAUAAGUUAUUAUAGUCUCUGAACGACCGAAAUUGUGUCUAACUAAAUAUACAAUAAUCGAUUAGUAGGUUUCAUAAUCAUCAAUGUGCGUUGGCUUUAUAUACUGUUUUGCUGGGUGUGGGCAGUUUUAUAAAAUGAAUUUAAAUGACCAACCUUAUGCAUUUCAGUUUACUCUAUUGUAUUUGCUUAAAUAUAGGAGUUUCGUUGUAAGAUCGUUCCUAACGAGUGUCAAAAGGAAACGUAAGUGUCAAGUUCAUUUUUGUCAUUAUAAAAGUUUUUAAAUCAAUCUCAAUUUAUAUAGAAAAUACAAAUAUUUAUUUGCGAUCCUUGCUGUUCAACUUACCGCUUUACGUGUGGAAAGGAGUAUUACGUCCUUGAGUUGCUGAAAUAGACUUCAAAAUAAAUAAUUUCACUUCGAAGAAAAAUUUGUAGCUUUUCUGUAAAGAAGUAUUUUUGGACAGAGAUCUACUCUUUGAAUAAAAAGCACAUAAAAAGGUUAUAAUACUCUCCUAUCAUUCUCUUUGAACCCCUGUUUCUGCUAUUAUGCAAAAGCAUAAACUACUUCAGUCUACAUGAUUUGGUUAGGUAUUGAUGCAAAUCAAUGCUGAAGCAAUAUUUGACAUUUAGACAAAGAAUAGCCCAUUUAAAACACUGUCGGGAACGCUAAUCUAAAACUACUUACAAGUUAUCUUUAUGUACGGGAAUCGGAAUUCUAGUUCCUAAGAUCGCCGCGCUGGUAAUCCCUCCUAUAUACCUCAUACAAAACACCAUUUCUUUCUCUUUCGAUAAAAAAUAGUUACUCUAUCUUUAAGGUCUUUGUACAUUAGUUUAUAUGCAUAUGCUGUAUGCUUAAGUCAAUGUUCUUUAGUCUUCACUUGUGUAUCUUCAUGACACAAGCUUUCUAGAGUAGACAGGGCUAGGAUUAAAGAGGAAUUGUCUUAUCUCAGUAUUCAACUUACAUCCAGGAGCUAUUAUCGUCAAUUUCAAGACUUGUCACUGUCAUAGUGCUUCGCAUGGCACCAAGAGAGCCUUGUAUUUUGAAUUUUCUUCACAAAACCGAGUCAUUUAGUCAUCGUCAAUACAAAACCUGGAAUAUAUGUGUGAUCUAUUCGCCAUAACUUACACGACAACAUAGAAAAAGAAGACAAAUAAGAUGAGAAGCAAAAGAGAAGACUUGAUUUUAGCUACAACUUGUAUCGAGACACAAGAGAUACUGGUCAAUAGGAGGAAAUAAUCUCGAAUAAUAGAGAACGAGGGAUGAUAUUUAACUCGAGUUUAUUCAAAACCACUCCACACAUCAGGUAUUUAACUACAAUGACGUUAAAGCUUUGUUUAAAUUUUGAGGGUCCUCUGCAGCACGUCUACACUAUGAGAAAAUGAAGAAAAAUACCAGAUGACAUUUUAAAAUAUUAUCUAUCCGCACAACUUCUCCAAAGAAUGUCUAUCAAACUCACUAACAGGGACAGAAUUAAGUGUCCAAACCGACAACAAACAACUUACGGGAAAUUAAAUCCAGAUUAUUACAUCUCUUCGAAAUAGGCAUAGCUGAUAAACCAAUCAGUUUUAUACCAACCAAAUUAUAAAGUGAAAAAAGAAAGAAUGGCAAACACUGUUUAGACAAUAAACUGCCCUAACUGCAAGAAACAUUAAAUCGAACGAAGUGGCUGCGCUCUUCAGCUUCGUCUGCGUUAACACCAACUAGCGGUGUAUUUCGCUUAUAUCAUUGAUGGUAGACAAUUGUGAAGACACGUUCAACUGGGAAAAUGAUGAGAUCUGGAAGAGAGGAACUACCAAGAUAACUAGAUGAUUUCUAGAAACUUGGCACUCAUUUCAAUCAACAAUCAAUAAACAUAUCAAAAUCGAUCCAAUUUAUUAAUCAUUUAGAGGAAUCAAUUAAAAAAUCGAGAUUCAGGUCAGUGAAAGACAAUCAAGAUAAAUAUGCAAGCGAUGAUAAAAUAGAGGUCAGCAGCAUUUUAUCAAGGUCAACAUAACAAGCUGCUAGUCAUAUGUAGAUAAAUCUAUGUACCUCACUUCCAUCUGAAGUUUGUUCUGAUGAUGUCUUCUGGAAAAUAAUGAGUUUCACAUUUGAAACCUCCUAGCUCAGUGAACAUAACUCAAUCAAAACCCCAAUAAUUCUCCAACUGUUUGCAAUUGAAUCAGUUUGUCGUUUAGGGUUAAGCUACCAUUCUUGAUCUGAUUGCUAUAUUUGUUUUAUUUACUCAAGUCACUUACAAGGUACAGUGAAUAGAUUCUAACGUAUUGAGAACUAUUCAUAGUUAAUAGAAAUAAAUGUUCCUCAACGGAAUGAUUUCAACAUGAAUAAUAUAGGCCUUCAGAUUGAAUAUAAUGUUGUCUUAGUUUCCUAUUUAAAGCAAAAAGCAGAAAUAAGCAUAGAAAACUAGUCAGUUUUAACUCAUGUCAUGCAUGACCUUAGUAUUCCAUAAAUCUCGCAUUAAUGUUAAAUAGAAUUUAAUCGGUUUUUAGAUGACUAUGCUGAUAAAUGUAUUGAACAUUCCAGAGUUGAUAAACUGAUACUUACUUACUUAUGCCUGUUAUUUCUCGUGGAGGAGCAUAGGCCGCCCACCAGCACUCUCCAUCUAACCCUGUCCUCAGCAAUCCUUUCCAGCCCUUUCCAGUUGUUGUCCAUCCUUUUCAUAUCUGCUUCUAUUUUUCAGCGUAAUAAACUGAUGAAUUUUGUUGAAUUUUGAAACAAUUAUCAUCAACAAUGAAUUCCAGUCACAAAUAAGAUCACAUAAAGGGGAUAGGUAUUUAGGUUUAUUAUAGAUUGCUUCACUCAAAUGUAUACAUAGUUAGUUUCAGAAUUCAGUUCUUAUCUUCAUUUAGAAUGGCUUAAAAUAAUCAUUAUAUUGUGUUGAAUUUACUGUCAAAUUUGAAUUCCUACCGUAAGACAUGACAAGUAUCAAUAACUUUAUUCUACUAGUUAAGUUAAGUGAGUUCUAUCCAGAAACUAUGGAAACUAUAGUAUUUAACCAGCUGUAACGGUCGCAAACCAGUUAUAAUGGUCUGACUCUACCGCAUCUGUGACAAUACGGGCAAGAAAAUCGCAAGAAUAUUGAGGUAUAGUUUACCAUACAAAUUACAUUGUCUGGUAACUGAUGGCAUUCCUGAAACUGAUAAGGUUUAUAUCCUUGAGACCGCUGGUUUUUCUGACAAAUACUAGAGUUAUGUAAUUUGAUUAGCAAGAUAUUGAAUUGUGUACGCGAAUGGUUGAAGUAGUUUCUAUUAAAACUAGGGGUGAUACAAAGGUUUUUAACAGUUUGUAAGUGAAAAACAAUAUUUAGAUAGAUUUUUCGCAAGUUUUAGAGUGCUUAUACGAGCAAAAAAAGCAAUCACGAGGAUAUGCUUUACAGAUUGACUGUUUAGUAAUAGAUCGAAUCUUUAUUAUUCAAAACACGAAAUGAGCUGUUCUAUAUCUACCGAGGGAGAGUAUAUGGAAGUAAUCGGUAACAUCUUCUAAGUAAGUUGAAGAUGGUGGAGUUUUCAGGAAGCAUAAGAUUCCUGAACAAGCUGUAUACUUUAUUCGUUUCAGUAGUGAAACAGGAAAAGAUUUUAUCUGAAUUGCUUGACCAACAUUAUUUAUCAAUCCAUUGUAAACAGCCUGUGGAAAUACACAGAAAGGCGACUGCUCAUGGUUUUGUUAUGAUGAUCAGUGUUCAAGAUCUGAUACUGAUACACAACAUCCUACGCAUUAGCCACUCAAACUGACUAUUUGGGUGAGAAGACAAGACUGGAAUAGAAAGUUUGUUGAGCUACCGAACAUUAUCCAUGUGGAGGAUCCCAAAAACAUGAAAAAUAUUGUUCAGAAUAAUGUCAAUAUUAAUGCAUAAUGAAGAUAAUCGAUUUCAUUUAUUCACUCUUAAUUGUUUCAGGUGGAUUAGCAGCUGUUCUAUAUACAGAUACACUACAAUUUUUCGUGAUGAUAAUUGGUGCUUUAAUAUUAGCGAUAAUAAGUAAGUUUAUUGACUAACUACUAUUGAAGCUUUAAAGCUCAAACAAUUUUGAGAUAGUCAUUGAAAAUGGAUUUAUCUGGAGUAACUUAUUCGAUUCUUAUUUUUCCUAUCAAAACGAAUGUAUUUCUCAAUAGAUAUCAAGAACUGGAACUCUAUAUUUAACAGUUUCAUAAAUACCAAUUACAAAUUACCUCUGAUUUGCUUCUCAGCUCUCUGAGCUAAGAUCAUGUGUGUUCUGAUUUAAUGGUGAUAGCUAAUUCUUUAUUGUCAUAUUCUUUAUUUCUUUUUUAGCCCUAAUAUAAUACCAAUAGCUCCCGUUAAGUUGGUUAAUUACUUGAAAUAUGAGAAUCAUUAAGCAGUUGUUGCUUAUUCAUUAACGUAAUGAAAAAAUGCAUGCAAACGACAAUAUAGAGAUGAAGAUGGAUUCGACGAUGAAUUUAACAUUCAUACCAUAUGAUGAUGUAGAACAAGAUAGUUCACUAAUUCUAAUGGUUUGACGAGUUUAUACUAUAAGUCUAUACCAAACAAAUAUCUAAUGCCAUAACUAAAAGAGAAUUAAUACUAUUCUUCAUCAGCACUUAAUGGUGUCGUUAUUAAGAUUAGAGUAUGAUAUAAAGUUUACUGUACAAGUCAUUUCUCCAACUAACCAGUAUAUAGAAAUUUUAAAACUAAUCUCCCUGUCAAUAAAGGUUAAAUAUUAUUUGGCAGUAUAUACUUUACUGAUGUUCUAAUGCUAAGAUCUGAUUUAUACCAUAUAAGCUCAUUAGAAUCAAUCCGAGAACAAUUCGAAAUAUUUUAUUGAUUUUUAUAAAUAUUCAAACAAGAGCUAUUCAAAGUUUAUAGAAAUACAACCGCCGUCUAUCUUGAUGCAUGAUGUUGGUUGCUACAGCAACUUGACCGAUAUAUAUGUGUCAGGUCUAAUGUUACUAAUAACUGAUUGCAUUUGAUUUUCUAUUCUCAAAAUUCUAAAGAAAUAGCAUGUUGGAUAGCUCAUUUUAAAAGGUUCAUUUGUCCCAACACAUGUUGUUUCGUAGUGGCUAGUAAUGGAGUCCACGACUGAUUAUUGAUUUCAUUAAGAGUUUGUUAGCCAGCUAUCUGGGUUGACAGUAAAUCGUUUCAUGAUUUUAAACAGAGCAAGAACAAUAAACUUCGAAGAAUAAAAUAAUCAGUCUUCCUCUGGCAUGGUAACUAAGACUUAAUCAAAUAACCAUUGAGUUUUUUUAAGAGGGUUUUUCGUCUUCUAAUUUUCAUCUUCAACAUGUUCUUACUGAUUUUCAUACGAAUUUCAUUUUCCUUUCUAUUCAUGUGGAAUAAUUAUACAACCUUUUAGUAAUUUCCUUACAUUUAUGUAGUCCCCUUUUACUUUCGCUAUGACUACUAGUAACUAAAACGUCGCCUGUUCUCCUCCGAGUUAUUACUUCCCAACAUAUAAAUGCAGUGUCAUGCGCAACACAAAGCCUGACAAGUUUACACAGCUGCAAGUUGCUGUACCGCAUCGCCGGUAAGACUAGAGGAUAUCCGUAGGUUACUAGUAUUUGAUCAUAGGUGUCUUCGAUGCAUGCUUGUAUAUCCUGGGACCGCCAAGUAAGUAAUGGAGUUGUUAGGAAACGGGCACUAGGUAAGGAUGGCAAAUCAAUUGAUGAAGUAGUGAAACUUCAUCAAUUGAGGUGACUGGGAUAUAUGUUACGUAUUCCCAACCAACGACUGUCCCGACGAGCGACGUAUUAUGGUGUAGGAGUAGGUUGGAAGGGAGCUAGGUGCGGCCACACCAAAACAUGGCACAAAUCCAUGAAGUCACUGACAGGCGGACUGAGCCAUGUUGGUAGGUGUAAAAUACCUGGUUGGGAUCGGCGAGACGAUAGCAACUGGUGGUUAGAGACCUUGAAUUACAUGGUUCAAAGUCGUUUGCAAUUAUGCAGGUGCAUCCACUCUUUGUGUUCUCCCAAAUUCUAAUCCUCUAAAUUCUUCAUGUCCCUUUAUUUUUUUCCCUUUCCGAAUUUAUUUCACUGUAUUAUACUCUUUGAAUAACAUCUUCAAACCCUAAUGUUUCUUGUUGCUGCUUAUACUUUUACUACCUCUACGACUAUGGGAUUUGAAUCGACAAUUGUAUCUGAGUGUUAAUGUGGUAUGUCAACUCGAACUGAUGUACGUUUGUACGAAGUUCUACGUUGUUACUGACUGACUGACUUUAGCACAACAAAAGUGAAUCGCCAGGGAGAAUCUCGGAGUAGAAGACGUAAUAACAGUAUUAUUCAUUAUAGAAGUUAAGGAUCGAAGAUACGAUCCCGGAAAAAAUAAAUUUAGUAAAAUAAUCAGACGAAUUUAUGAAGAAUUUAAAAUCUUAAGAUCUAAAAGAAGACAGAAAGUGGAUACACCUGCGAACGAUUUUGAGCCGUGUCAUCCAAGGUCUCCAAUCACAAAUUACGAUAAUCACACGUGCUUUAUCUAGUUGGUCCGAAUCUACCUGGAUGGAUAACUCCAAAUGUCAAUGUCUUUAUGGAGUAAUGCCAUGUUUUGACAUUGGUACCAUCUAUUUUGUUGAAGAUACAGUUUAAAAAUAAGAAUGUUAAACGUUUAUUUUUUUAGAAUUUAAAGCACAACUAUUCAAAAGACGAAAACGUCAAUACUACUGUAAUCAAGAAACGUUAAGUAUCCGUCAAACGUAAAGUGUGAAACAAUACCUAGAUUUCUCUUCGAACAUCAUUGCAAAUACUAUGGUUACGAAUAUUUUUUAAGGAAUUUCACAAGUGGUCGGUUUAGUUAUAUUUACACGUAAACGCUGAAAUUUCAUUUUUCUGUUUAUUUAUCUAGGCUAUAUAAAUGUUGGAGGCUUUAGUGGUGUCCUUUCUUCUUAUGGUCAUGCUAUAGCCCCGAUAAAUAUCUCAUCAAGUACAGAUUCAGACAUAAUAAUCAGUUUGGCGAAUGUUCUUAACACAACAAAUUAUACUUCACUAACUCAGUUGGCAAGUUCACCAGAUGUCCCUUCUAGUUUGAGAUGUAGUCUACCACCUGAAAAUGCAUUUGUAUUAUUACGUGGAAUUGAUGAUCCUGAUAUGCCAUGGCUUGGGUUUUUACUUGGUCAAACACCUGCAUCUAUAUGGUAUUGGUGUACUGAUCAGAUGAUGGUACAACGUGUUUUAGCUGCAAAAAGUUUAUCACAUGCUCAAGGUGCCACAUUAAUGGCCGGUCUUAUUAAACAGUUACCUUUAUUUUUAAUUGUAAUACCUGGAAUGAUAAGUCGAAUAUUGUUUCCAGAUGUGAUUGGUUGCAAACCUGGACCAGAUUGUUAUCGAAUAUGCGGACAAAAAAGUGGAUGUUCAAAUUUAGCCUAUCCGAAACUUGUAAUUAAUAUUAUGCCAUCAGGUUUGAUGAAAUAACUAUUUUCCUUUUAACCAAUUGAAUUUCUUAUUCAUAAUUUAAAUACUGAAUAGAUAUUCCUACAAAGUGUAAACAAAUUAUAUAACUGUGUGUAUCCCCUAUGAAUCACUCUCUACUGUCUAAUUCUCAAACUUUAUCAAGUUAGCUAUAGUUUUAGAUCAACUGGAUAAUCAUUAUAUGCCUGAACUAAGUGAAUGGCUUCUUUAUUCUUGCUUAAACCGUUUCAGAAGGGUUUACGCUUAACGGCACAGUAGAUAUCACUUAGUGCAUUCACGCCUCACGAGUAUCGUGAUUGGUUGUAAACUUGGACCAGUUUGUCUUCGAAUUUUUGGACAAAAGGCUUGUGACUCAAAGCAAUAUUGACGCAUUCCACACGGGAUGCACAUAUUUUAACAAGAGACUGAUCUAUUGAAGUCCUAAACAUCAAUGGGAAGAUUCAGCUAAACAACAUCAAGUGAAUUUAUACGUGAAUCCAUUGCACAAGCAAGUGGCUGUUAGUAAUCAGUAGCUAAGUUGAUAACGCGAUGGCAUUUGAAGCGAAUGUUACUGGUUUUGAGUCCCGGAGUGAACAUCAAUUCUGAGGUAUAGGUACACCCAGCUGACGAGUCCUAAAUAGGACGAAACGUGUCAAACUGGAUUCCACUACUAGUCACUAUCCAUCCUUGCUUAUAAAUCUUGUGACGUAAGGCAAUAUCGAGGCAGUAUACACAUGUUCCAACAAGAGACUGAUCAAUUUCAGUCCUUAACGACAAUGGGAUAUAAGCAAAUGUAUCAAGUGAAUCCAAAGAAGCGGAUGCUCAAAUUUAGCCUAUCCGAAACUUGUAAUUAAUAUUAUGUCAUCAGGUUUUAUGAAAUACGCUUACAUUAUUUCUAUUUCACUGUCAUUCUAUUUAUAUUAUUACUGUUUUUCUUAUAAUUAGUUGAAUUUACUAUUCAUAUUUUAAAUACUGAUUAUAUAUUCCUAUGAAAUGUAAACAAAUUACAUAACUGUGUGUAGCGCCUAUCAGUCACUAGAUGAUAAUCAAUAUCUAUCUGAUAUUUAAUUCUCAAAGCUUAUCAAGUGAAAUUGGUAAAACUUACAAAAAUGUAUCUUGAAUAUGUCGACUCAGGAUACUGUUAUAUCUUGUGUCUGCAGAUUAGACGGCAGCGAAUUAUCGAUUGAACCAGUGACGCAUAGAACACGUGCGAACGGUCUAGAGUCCUGAUUGGUCCUGAUUCCUGUCUAGCCCAGCCAGUUGAGUCCAGAACACAAGUCUCAGCCUCUGCGAUAUGAAUCAUUAUAUUUCAAACAUACUCUGUUUAUAUACCAAUCAAGCAGACCACAACGUACCAUGAAAUAGAAAAUAACAUUUGUACAAUAUUUGGCCAACGGGAAAAUGGCACGUAAAAUAAAUACUGACCAGUAGGGAAACGACACGUGAAACAAGUAUUGAGCAAUAGGAAAAUGAUGCCAUUCCAAAUUGAAGGAUAGCAUUAGACUUAACAGGAUAAUUUUUGGGAUAUUUUUCUGAAUAUCCCAACAGAUGCAAUAUUAUAUUGAUAAAGAAUUUUUUUUCUUUUAUAAAACACUUUCCAACUAUAAAGUAAUGAAGAAUUUCUUCAGCUUCAUCAUUAUAUAUCGUUUACUUCAUAAUAUGUGAAUGUAAUGUCAAACUUUAAUCACAAAUUCUAUAGGUUUAACGACUAGAUUUCAAUGCCAUAACAAAUUGAAUACUCGAAAUAGAAGACUGAACUGAUUUAAUUAUCUAUUGAUGUAUAUCAUUCAGUGUUCGUUAUGCUAGUUGCCUAAGAUCAUAAGUACUAGGUUUAUUUAUUACUAUACAUUUUGUUAUGGUAAAGGAUUCUCAGCAUCACCUGUACAGUAAUGGAACAAAUUUAUGUUUGUUAUACAUUCAUGUCAUGACUGCUCAAGAAUAUGUUUAAUCAUCAUUUACAAGCGUCUCCCAUUGAUCGUAGAACACGAAAGUUGUUUACUAGUUCAGCCGCUAUAUGACGACUUCAUUAUUAAACAUCCUCAAGUUAUAUAAUGAAAUAAUCAACUAUGAAUUCAUACAAAGUUCCAUGAGUGUCUACAAUCUCUUCUACCUAUGAAACGUCUUAUUCAAAGUUGCCAUUAAAAAGUGCAUCACUUUGUUGGUAUCAGAAUUCAAAAUGCAAUCUUCAUUGGUACACCGAAUUAUUGAGAUGGAAAUCCUGGUUCUGUCGAUAAUGUUCACUGGUAUUCAUGAGCCAAUGAACGCUCAGAGACAAGAGAAAACUGUGAACACAUUGAGGAAGUUUAUCAAAUAUCGGAGAAGUGGGAAAUAUUUUGCAAAAUAUUUGUCAAUUCAUGCAAGCGCUACAACCAUUGAUAAUCAUUCUGCAUUAAAUUUCGUUGACAAAAAUAAUGCUAUGUUUAUUUACUUACUUUUCGAUGAAUUAUCCUGCACUUCUUUCAAUUCUAGGUCUUAGAGGCCUUAUGUUGGCCGUGAUGCUAGCUGCAUUGAUUUCUGAUCUAACUUCGAUUUUCAAUUCUGCUAGUACGUUGUUUACAGUUGACGUUUAUUUGAAAAUUAGGAAAAAAGCAAAGAAUAUGGAGAUAAUGGUUGUUAGUCGAAUAUUUAUAAUUAUAUUAAUAUUAUUGAGUAUUGCAUGGAUUCCUGUCAUUCAAGAAUUACAAGGCAGUCAAUUAUUUAUUUAUAUUCAAGCUAUUUCAGCUUAUCUUGCUCCACCUGUAGCUUCAGUAUAUUUAUGCGCUGUUUUAAUUAAACGAACUACAGAAAAGGGAGCAUUUUAUGGAUUAAUGUAUGGUUUAAUUAUUGGUUUAAUACGAUUAAUAUUAACUAUUAUAUAUCAUGAACCAAUAUGUGGUGAAUAUGAUCAUAGACCAUGGUUUAUUAAAAAUAUACAUUAUAUGUAUUUUGCAUUAUUUUCAUUUAUAACAUGUGGUAUUAUUGUAUGUUUAUUAUCAUUAAAUGAAAAACAAUUAACUAAUGAACAAUUACAACAUUUAACUUAUUGGACUGUAUGGGAUAAAUCCAUUAAUCAUUCAUUAUAUAAUAAUAGAACAUUACAUAAUCAUAUUUCAUCUAAUGAAAUGAUUCGUAAUAAUAUAGAGAAUGUGAUGAGUGAGAAUGAUGUUAAUAUGAUGAUUAACAAUAUUCAUUAUCAUCAAUAUGAAAAUAACAAUGAAAUAAUUAAUAAAAGAGAAAUAUCAUCAACUUCUGAAUGUCAACAACAACAACAACAGCAAAAAGAAUUUGUAAAUAAUCAAACUAUGGAAGAUCAUGAUUUACCAGAUAAAAAAACAUCCCAAACUUCAUCAUCAUCAGAUUGGUAUAAAAUUAUGAAAAAUAUAUGUUUAUGGUUCUGCGGUUGUGCUGAUCAUCCAUGUUCUAAUAUAGAAUGUAAUCAUUGUUGUUGUUUAAAAUUAUGUCAUAAUUUCACAACUCAUAUACAUCCAAAUCAUAAGAAAAUUUAUGUCAUCACAUCAAGUGAUGUUAAUAUAGCUGAUAAUGAGAAGAAAUUGGGCAACUUAGUAUUGGAAGAUGAUAAUAAUUUCGAUUCAGAAGAACAUUAUGCAAAGAUUACUUCAUUAAAACAAGAUCCAAAUGUAAAAUUAGGUUUGUAUAUUGGUUUAUUAUUCAUUAUUAUUUUAUCUAUAUUUGGUUUUAUAUUUUUUUCUAUUUAUUUUGGUUCUAUAUCAGUUGGUCCAUUACCUAUUUCUAUUGAUAAGAUGAUGAUAAAUGAUACAAUAAAAAAUGCUAUAAAAUCAUUAGAAACUCAUGGAAUAAUUACAAUACAAUGAAGAGAUCUUCUUUUGUUUUCAUUCUUUUAUGAGUACGAAUACUAUUGAAUAGUAUAGUUUAUUAAUAAAAUGUUCGCAGCAAAUUUGAAAUUGAUUAUAGAAAUGUUGUAUCCUUUCUUUUUGCCAUAUUAUACAUAUAUAUAUACAUAUACAUAGAUAUACUUUCGUUUUCUUGCACUAAACAGAUGGGUACCAAACAAGUUACUUUAUUUAUGAAUGGGUUUGAACCAAAGCAGGCGGAUUUCUUAGGGGGUCACACGCGGAAUCUUUAACCUAAUAGCUGAUCUACAAGGCAGUGGAGCAAUGUAAGGAGAUGAAGUCCCAUGAUAGCCAGGGAUCAACAAUAGGUUUAUACACCAUUUGUUGUUUCAGAAUUGUUAAUUGAGCGCUAGAUUUGGUUCUUAAGCUCUUCUAGUAACCUCGAGGCUAGAUCCACACAGAGAUUUGAACACAAGAGAAAAAGCCCGAAAUAUGUAAGAAACACUUUACUCCAAAGGUUCGUUUAUCUACAGAAAAUCUAGGAAUUUUAUAGUAUUUUAGAUGUUAUUGGAUUUCCGGAAAAUUUUGGAACGCUACUAAAUAUAGUGGCAGUAUAAGUAAUCAUCCAAUCAGAAAGUUGACAUGUGACUUUUCACUUUCUAGAUGUUUGUGACAAAACUCCUAGUGAACGCUGAUUGGAUAAGAUGCUUCUCAAUGUUUUCAGAGUCUUGGUUUUUUUCGAGGAAUUUUCUGAUACUCGUUACGAAGGGUCAUGAAGCCCAUGUGCACCGCUAGUUUGGAAUUGGGGAUUUCCAUCUCCCCCAAGUGGAUCGUCCGUAUCUACCAAUUCGGUUAAAGCGCCGGACAUAAGCUUUUUGUUCUCCCAGUUUCGUAAACAACAGUAAUGUGGCGAGAAGCCAGUGAGUAGGACUUUCCUAACAGUGUUUGUAUUCACGUGGCCAUGUGAGAGCAUUUCGAGAGGGAGAGCUGACACUCCUCACUCUCAGCCGUACCAGGUCAUUUGAAGACUAACCAGAUAUAGAUGCAUAUUCACUACACUUAAUCUACAAACUGCAUGGAUGUAUGGCGUAUCAAGACUUUAUUUGCCUUUAUUGAAUUCAUGAACACUUCAAUUAGAUUAAAUGGUUUCAUCGGCGAGGCUGCAAUCUAUGUACGAACCAAUCAGAUAUAAGAUAAUAGGUCUCGGAUUUUGGCGCAAAAUCCGUUCACCCUUAAUCUAAUUUCUAACCUUAACCAUAAAUCAUAACUCGAAUUCCUCACACUAAUUUAUAACCCACAUUUGGUCCUAGUUAACAGGUGGACACUCUCAAGGUGACUUUAAUGUCGUCCAAAGGAUGUCCACAAAUUAUAGUCUCACCGUUUCAUCAAAGUCGAUUUACAGAGUUUAGUCUGGUCGACGUUUUUUAGUAAGACUUUUUCCUGUCGGUUAGGGUUGCAGACCCUAUGCCCAAACCCCCUUCUUUAACCGUGCUUAGAACUAAUAGUAACUCUGAAAGCGCUACAGGCGGCUUAUGCUUCUCCAUAAGGAGUAACAGGCGUAAGUAAAUAAGUAAAUAAACUUACAUAGAAAUAAAUAAUUCAAUCAGUGUAUAUCCAGUUUUGCAUAUGAAAAUCAUAUUAAAAUUGAAGAUAACUAAUCAAAUUGAUUUGUGA